GUCCCUUACUUUUUAGAACACUGGACAGACCAUUCUGAAGAUGAUGACAUCACAGACAAAAUGGCUGACACGUUAAGUCAAAAUUCAGUUGAUUCUGCCUCUACUGGCGAUGAAUUUGUCCUUGUCAACUCUGAACCCCGCCUAAAGAUUCCUAAUAACGGAGAUAGCGUUGAGCUAGAGAAAAAUUUGACGGAAGUUUUAGAGGAAACCAAAACCAAGAUGGCUGAUAGUGAGGGAAGUGGCGAUGCUAAUACAAGUAGCGUAGAUUCAGCUGUUGCUAUGGAGACUAUGGAAAAGGACCAAUCAGGCCGAGAAAAAUUUGAUGAUGACCCAGAUGUUAGCGAUGAUGACAGCAGUAAUGAAAGUGAAGAUGAGGCUGAGUUCACAUUAUUCAAUGCGGUGACCUACUUGGGUUCUGCCACAGUGAAUGCACCCAGGAGUGAAGUAGAGAUGAACCGCAAUAUGGCGGAGAUGAACAACCAAUCACACAUGGCCAUACCUGUCGUGUUAUCUGUACCAUCCACUUCAGAUGGCACUGUCAGGCUGAUUGACCCGACAACUAACACAGAUAUAGCCACAUAUAAGAUCCACUACAUUGUGUUUUGUGCACGCGGCCCAAUGAACACCAAAGAGCGAGAGUGCUUUGCUUUCACAUGCAGUCAUGGGGAAACUGCUGAAUCAGCUAUUUUUCAGUGCCAUGUCUUCAAGUGUCAAAGACCAGAAGCUGUUGCCAAGAUAAUCUAUACAUUUGCUAACGCAUUCAGAAAGGUUCGGAAACGGUCAAACAAGGAAGUAGAAAGCGAGAAAUAUUCUGGAAAUUACUUCAGAUUUGACACAGCAUUAGAGUUCAAAGAGGAAGACAGCAAGGGAGGAUUUGCAACAUGUCCGAAAGACAAGAAUGUCUUCAAGUUUAGAUGCAAUCUGGAGAAAAAGAUGGGAAUCUCAGUACAGCAGAUGGCCAAUAGAGAGUUGAAGAUAGAAAGGUGCUUUGGUCUGUUAAUUUGUCAUGGGAGAAGCGUAAAACAGAAUGACCUGCAUUUAAUAGACAUGCUAUCUAUGGGUUACUCUCCUGAUGGUAAAACCUACAAUAUCCUAGGAACCUGGGACCCAACUGACCCACACUUCCAGAUACUGAACAAUGAGACACCCAAAGACACGCGGGUGUUCCUCACGAUAGCAGUAGAUCUAGUCAUAGAAGGAAUUCAAGAGCCAGUAAGGUUGCUAAUAGAAACCAAGGCAAAGAUAUAUCCACAGAAUGAGAAGUUUUGGUACUUCACAAAGAAACCACACAAGGAACAGUUUUAUCUAACACUAAAAGAGAUUGAAUCCAAGCCUGAUACAGCUAAGAAGUUUGAAGUCCAAAGUGUAGAAAGUCAUACAGAAAUGGAGCGUAAAUCUAAACUAACGCUGACCUUAUCACCAAAUCGUAUCCCACCAGAACAAAUCAAGACUCCCCAAGAACUCAGUGAGGGUAAUGACCUAAAUGACUCAGAUGGUGAUGAACCUCUGCUGAGUGGAUCUGGUAUUGUCAGCAAAGAUAUUACUGAUGAGUUCCUCCUUGACAAAUGGCGAGAGGCUCUCGAGAAGUGGCAGAGUGACUUAUCUACCCGACCUAAGACUGUCCCUGCCCUUGUACGUAAGGGCAUCCCUGAGGCACUAAGGGGGGAGGUGUGGCAGCUACUUGUGGGGGCACAGCAGAGUGAGGAGAUGAUGGAGGCAUAUAGGAUACUCAUUACAAAGGAUUCUCCGUGUGAGAAGGUCAUAGAGAGAGAUAUCAACCGCACAUUCCCAGCACAUGAUUUCUUCCGUGAGACUGGUGGUAUGGGGCAGGAUUCACUCUUUAAAAUAAGCAAGGCGUAUUCAGUGUAUGAUGAAGAGGUGGGCUAUUGUCAAGGUCUCUCCUUUCUAGCUGCUUCCUUGUUACUACAUAUGCCAGAGGAGCAAGCGUUUGCAGUUCUUGUUAAAUUGAUGUUUGAAUACAAGCUGAGGCAUUUGUUUAAAACAGGUUUUGAGACACUACAUCUGAACUUCUAUCAGCUUGAUCGUUUAAUACAGGACAGGAUUCCUGAGUUGUUUGAUCACUUCAUGGAUAUAGGCCUAGAGUCCCACAUGUACGCAUCACAAUGGUUCCUGACUCUCUUCACUGCCAAGUUCCCCCUAUUCAUGGUGUUCCAUAUUCUUGAUAUAUUCUUCUUAGAGGGGAAAGAUACCAUAUUCAACAUUUCAUUAGCUUUGUUGAAGAUGUCAAAGAAAGAGCUUUUGAGUUCCGACUUUGAAGGUGUCCUUAAAUACUUCCGUGUGACACUACCCAAGAAAUACCGCAACCCUGACUUAGCAGCUGAGCUUAUUCAGACAGCUUUGAGCAUGAAGGUGAGCCACAAGAAGUUGAGAAAAUAUGAGAAAGAGUAUGAUACGAUGAAAGAACAAGAACUUCAACAGGAGGACCCUGUGGAGAGAUAUGAGAGAGAGAACAAGAGACUCCUGGAGGCCAAUAUGAGACUAGAACAAGAGAAUGAUGACCUGGCACAUGAACUGGUCACCAGUAAGAUAGCCCUGAGGAAUGACUUAGAUACAACAGAGGAUCAGUGUGAAUAUCUCAACAAAGAGCUGGUAACGUCACAAUCUAUGCUCCUUGAUAUUGAGGAAGAAAAGAAAAGAUUUGAAUCUGAAUCUGUUCAACUCAAGGAAGUAUGUAGGCGGGAACUGGAAAGGGCAGAAACCGAGGCAGCAAGAAACAGUGCAAUCAUUGCAGAUUACAAACAGAUUUGUUCGCAGUUGAGUGAGAGACUUGAAAAACAGCAGACGGCAUCCAAGGAAGAUGUACAGAGAAUAAAGGUGCAAGUGUCAAAGUGUGAAAAGUGUUCCCAGCUUUUCAGCCCUGAUGGUGCCAUCAAAGAUAUUAAACUUCCACCAGAAACCCCAGCUAGUCCUAGUCUAACGGAAGCCUUAGCUACUGUGCGGGAACUAGAACUUGAACUAGCACAAACAAAACUUGCGUUGGUUGAAUCUGAGUGUAAAAAUCAAGACUUAACACACCAGCUUAAUGCAGCAAUCAGUGAAAUCCAAACAUCGAAAAACACAUGGUUUACAAAAACGUUGAAUUCUAUCAAAGAUUCUCGAACAAAGAAAGACCCGAAAGAUUGAUAGCAGUGAAAAUAUGCUAGAAAGAUGGAAAGGAAUAGUUCAGUAACAAAAUGAACCAAAGAUGGAAUGUUUUGAAAUGAUUCAACAAGCAUGAUACCACCGAAAAUGUGGAUUAUCGUAUAUCUCAGAAGUGUUGCAAUAUAGGAUCAGUUCAAAACCAUGCGUUGCUGCUAUUCAUGAUCGGACCCAGACGCAUGUGUUGGGCGAAUACUGAUGAAUCCAGUCCACCUAUAUGUGCUUAUAAUCACCAUACUUGGAUUGUAUAGCAAUGUCUUUUGCCCAUUGUGCUUAGCUUAAAUAUUCAUGAUCGAGUCUGGCAAGGAAUGAUCUUAUACCUUGUAUAUCAUAAUUUCUGCUAUAGCUGUGCUGAUACCUUUCUCAGUGGAGAAAUAAUUGAUCUUUAAAUGUCUCCUUAGCAUAUAGAAAAUGAGAUGCUUGUACUGAUGAGGAUACUAAAUUAUGCUGAUGUGAUCAUUGUUGCAAUAAUCUGAUGUCUUAUGGCCUCUUAUGAGCCUGGAGGGAAGUGUAAUUCCAAAACAUCCACUUUGACAAUACCACUCAUGUUCCGAUAAAAAAAAUCAGUGAAAAAUAGAAUCAUCAAAGUUUAAAGAAUCUGAUUUGAAUUUAACACUCUAAAUUGUAUAGAAAUACUGAAAGAUCAAAGAAUUUGUGCAGGAUAAGCAUGAUAACUUAUGUUUGUAUACAACCAAAGACAUAUAACAAUUCUAUAACCACAGCUAUAUGUGCUAUGUAGAAAACAUGUAAAAUCAAAUAAAAUGGCUAUUUCAUUUUUAAACCAAUUUUUAGUAGGAAUAUUUGAAUAAUGAAAUAGCCUAAAUGUAAAAUAAUCAUGUACAUUGUACAGUGUUGAAAUGAAUAUCAUAAACAUGCAUCAACAUUCUAUAGAUGUGUUCUUAUACUACAUAUAAUGAUUAUGAAAAUACAUACUAUACCAGGCCCAUCCUAAGAAUUUCCCAAGGGAAGGGGAGACUUGUGUAUGGAUGGGUUGUGUCAC